AUGAAUAUUUCAUCCUGGAAUGUGAGGGGAAUGAAUGACCCCUCAAAGAUAGUAGAGUUGAAGAAGUACUUAAGCAAUAAUAGAGUGAUUCUGGUAGCUUUUAUUGAAACUAGAGUUAAAGAGAAUAAUUGUACAAAGGUGCAAAAGAAGUUUGGGGGUACUUGGAGGUGGGAGACAAACUAUAAUUUCUCUCCUAGGGGGAGAAUCUGGAAUGGAUGGAAGCAUAGCAUUCUAACUUUCCAGACAUUAUAUGUGGCUGAACAACUGAUUCAUGGGAUUAUUUCUGCAAGGAAUGGUCUAUUCUCAACACACUUUACAGCUGUCUAUGGGCUGCAUACCAUUGAAAACAGGAAACCACUAUGGGCUGAUCUUUGUAGUUUAAAGAACACCAUCACUGGACCAUGGUUGGUGAUGGGAGAUUUUAAUGCUGUUCUGCUGUCAGGUGAUAGAGUAAAUGACACUGCUGUUACUAAUAAUGAAACAAGAGACUUUGAAGAAUGUAUUAAUUCUACUGAUCUCACUGAACUCAAGACCUUUGGUCAGUUCUUCUCCUGGACUAACAAAGGGCAAGGCAAUUUGAGAAUUUGUUCAAGAAUUGAUAGGGCUUUUGGUAAUCUUGAUUGGCACAAUAAGUAUGCAGAUUCAGUAGUGGAGUACCUUAACUCUGGUUUAUCAGAUCACACCCCACUCAUUAUGAGAUACAAAGUUAAUGUGAAACAAGGAGGGAGGCCAUUCAAAUUUUUUAAUUACAUGGCAGAUCACAAAGAUUUUCUGACAAUUGUGCAAGAAAGGUGGCAGGUUGAAAUUCAAGGGACUGCUAUGUUUAGAAUUUGGAAUAAGCUGAAAGGCAUCAAAACAGGACUCAAAGCUUUGCAUCAUCAGGAAUUUGCUGGAUUAGAGGAGAGAAUUGAAAAUAUUAGAGUUGACCUAAACCUAAUCCAAAGUCAAAUAGCUAUUGACCACACAGAUAGCCAACUGCAGAAUGAUGAAAAGGAUUUGAGCUCCAAACUAAAGAAGUUCCAUUUAAUCCAGGAGAGUGCAUUUAAGCAAAAAUCAAGAAUACAAUGGCUCAAACUGGGUGAUUCAAAUUCCAAGCUCUUCUUUAGUGCUAUGAGGGAGAGGAAUUCCAGAAAUAGUAUUGAUGAGCUGUUUGACAGUGCAGGGCAGAAACUGAGUACCAAUAAAGAGAUUACAGAAGAAAUCAGGAACUUUUAUACUGCACUGAUUGGUACUGCAGCUUCAUCAAUUGUUGGUAUUGAUGUUGAGGUGGUUAGGAGGGGGAACCAACUUUCACCUGUUGCUGCUGACAGUUUGGUUAAACCAGUGACAGCUGCAGAGAUUGAUAGGCUUUGA